AUGGCCACUCAGUCCCCAUUGAGAUUCGCUGUCCACGUUGCAGCCCCCAUUCCUUGUGUUGACUUCGUCAAUGGGAUCGAGGAAGGAAACACCUGGUCUCCGAUUUCAUGCACUUUAGUGUACUCGGAUGCCGAAGCCGUUCUUGUCGACACCCCCACCACCAUCGACCAGACAAAGCAGUUGAUUGAUUGGAUUGAGAAGAUAGCACCAGGCAGGAAGCUUUCGUACAUCUACAUCACUCAUGGCCACGCCGAUCACUUCUUAGGCCUGUCGCAGCUCACUCAGCGCUUUCCCGAGGCGGUUGCGGUGGCUACCAAGGCCACAAUCCAACACGUCGAGCAACAGCUGAGUGAGGACUACUUCCCCAACACCUGGGAGACUUUCUUCCCCGGCGGCCAGAUCUACACCCAUAACCAAGCCGGUAGCCCUGCUAUUGAGGUCGGGCACUCGGACACAUACGACUCGACCGUUCUCUGGGUUCCAGACCUCAGGCUUGCGGUCUGCGGUGAUGUCGUCUACGGCGAGGUGCACCAGAUGCUCCUUGAGGCGAACACCAAGGUCAAGCGGGAAGAGUGGAUCCGUGCAGUGGAGCGCGUCCAGGCCCUGGAUCCGGUGUAUGUUGUCGCGGGUCACAAGAAGGCAGAGGAGCCAGACGCGGCGUGGCACCUUGUCAACACCAAGAAAUAUCUCCUCGACUGGGGAGAUCUUCUUAGGAAGUCUCCCAAGGACCCGCAAGAGCUGUACGGGGAAAUGGUCAAGCUUUAUCCGCACAGGUUUUAA